GUAGAAAGAGAAAAAGAGAGAAAGAGAGACACAGGUACGAGACGAGGUUGUGGUGUGAGGUAGCCACCAGUCAACAGCGGAGACGGAGACGGAGACGGAGACAGAAAGUCCGAGGUAGCCCGUGCCUGUAGCUGCUCGUGGCUUGUUGUAACUCGUUGUAACGUGACGCGAAGGUGUGCCAUGCUCUUUCGGGUGCCUGUUACUUCGUCCGAAGACGCCCGAUCACGAGUCUGCCCAAGUGUCGCGUAUUGAGUGUCGAUAGUGUUGUGAUCUAUCGGCCAAUCUGGCUAGCUUCGGUGUGCCAAUGAAAAAACUAUCGCCGACGUACAUCAUCGUGGAAAACUGUCAAGAGUGUCGUCGUGUCUCGGACGCUGCGUUCCAACGCGAAACGAUUGGAUAAGUGUUGGCCGUGAACCGUCCACAAUCCUCGGACAGGGAACAUAAGACGCGGCCGUGUUCUUCCAUGUUCGAAGGGGAGCGAGAGUAAACCGAGCCAGGAGUUGACGUCAAAGUCGCUGGGACCGAGUGCCGCAACUAGAUAGAUUCCGCCCAGGAUGCCGCAGGGUUUCGCGACCAUCCAGAGGGUCCGAGUCGCGUCACGAGCGUGCUGCAGCGUAACCAGCUGAGGAUGUCGGAGCAAAACGGGCCCAACGAGGGCCCCAGGCCAGGUCCAGGACCGGGUCCUGGAUGGUGGCCUACCUCACAGUCUUGGAAGACGAGCUCCGUCGCGUCCGCUUCCUCGUCCACUGGAUCCACUGCUCCAGACAGCUCCGCCUCCGUCUCUGCGUCCUGCACCGCCUCUACCUCCUCCCUGGCAACUACCACUUCGGUUACUCCCUCAUCCAGCUGUUGUUCCUCGACUCCCGGCGGACAUUCGUGCACCAUCACCCCGGCCCGCACCUCCGAGACGGGCAAAAACGUUUCCGUCACAACGAUCAACGUGCCGCCCAAUCAAAACUUACACGAUGGAAAAGGUAUUUGCAAGUACCUUACCGGCCAAAAUGGCGUGACAGUGUCGGUAGUUUCGAGCUGCGGAUCCGUUCUUGGAUGCGGGAACACGAACGUGGUGUCCACAUCAGGUAUCGGGACUAGCACAGGCACCCAUAGCAUUGGCAUUGGGAUUGGGGUCGGCGUAUUGGGCCAGAACUCCGCAGAGAAUGACGCCGAAGAUAGCGACGGCGAAAUAAGCAAGAUUGAUUUUCGAGGAGUCAAUUUACGGACGAAGAAGAAACGAGAUGUAUCUGGAAGUGGUGAGAAAAUUGGCGAUGGGGACGUCGAGGAUGGAAACGGCUGCUACGACGCGAACGAUGUCUCCCAGCAGCAACCGGAGAGGCCCAUGUCCUGGGAAGGAGAACUGUCCGAUCAAGAAAUGUCUUCCAACACGAUUACAAACCAGGACACCCACGAGGAAACAUCGAUGGAAGGUGUUCAGGUUUGCGGCUCGAGCCCAGGGCCUAUGGAACAAAAGUUUCCUAUAAAACCGGAACCAGAUUUCCGAUCCAGCCCGGGAUUUACGUUAAGUUCCUUCCACGAUGCAGGAGUAUCUUUGACCCAUGGUCAACAGAUGCAACAGCAGCAGCAACAGCAACAACAACAGCAACAACAGCGGAACAUAGAGAAUAUUGAACAGUCACAACAAAGUGAUUUACCUCUUCUCGUAGGGAAACUGCUCGGCGGUUACAAUAGCUCCACCCCUAAUCACAGUCCCGUGUUGAAUCCGAGACAUCACUUGACUAAGCACAGUCACACGAGAUCUCAGGUGCCGUCUCCGGAUUCCGCGAUCCACUCCGCGUACAGUGUGUUCAGCUCUCCAACACAAAGUCCCCAUGCAGCUCGGCACUCCGCUUUAGGAUCGGGCAGUCCAGUUCCAUCUUCAUCGUUGUCACUCUCCAGGCAUAGCUUCAACAACUCAACUUCCUCGUUGUCAUUAUCACUGUCGCAUUCGCUCUCGAGAAACAACUCGGACGCCUCCAGCAGUUGCUACAGCUACGGCUCUCUCAGUCCGCCCACGCAUUCUCCCGUCCAACAACCGAGGCAUCCGCAGCAUCACCAACAUCAGGUAGCCCAAGGAAGUCCGCUUCAUCUACCGGCUACGGCCUCAUCCAGCGUUCCCCAUCAUUACUCCUCCUCCGUGCCCGGCUCCGAACUUUCUCCCGAAGCACAUCCCACCGGAGACGACCAGGAAGAUUGUCGAAUACCGUCGGCUCCUUCUGGUAUUUCUACCAGACAGCAGUUAAUCAAUAGUCCCUGUCCAAUCUGCGGAGACAAGAUCAGUGGAUUCCAUUACGGAAUCUUUUCUUGCGAGUCGUGCAAAGGAUUCUUUAAACGCACCGUCCAGAACCGGAAAAAUUAUGUGUGCCUUAGAGGCGCCGGUUGUCCGGUCACCGUCGCCACCAGAAAAAAGUGUCCAGCAUGUCGGUUUGACAAAUGUCUAAACAUGGGUAUGAAACUCGAGGCUAUCAGAGAGGAUCGAACUAGAGGUGGAAGAAGCACUUAUCAGUGUACCUACACUCUUCCAGCGAGUCUGGUCGGUAGUCCUGCCAGUGGUAUGGCCGGCGACAAACUAGGAGCUGGUGGAAAUUGUAGUCCAGCUCCAGCUGGUAGCGAGCAUCAUUACUCCGUUAGGCAUCACUCAAAUCAUUCGCACAAGAUGCAAGUAGUGCCGCAACUUUUGCAGGAUAUCAUGGAUGUGGAACACUUGUGGCACUACAAUGAUAACGAUCGAAUGUCUGGUGUACAACCAGGAGGGGGGAACGUUUCCAGAAACAACGAAGCUAUGUUGUUAGGAGGAGUAGGAUCUGGAACAGGAAAUGAAGCUGGGUCAGGGGUCGAAUGUUCUUCCCGUGGAACUGCGGCGAAUGGGAAUUUAAAUAACAGAAGAGAUGACAGGUCGUGUUCCAAUGUAUCUGGUGUUAAUAAUGACCAACGAGCUGCGCCUAUCAACAGCAAUUCUCAAAUAGGGAAUAACGCAAAUGGCAAUCCUACACAACAUCCCGAUUUCCUUUCAAAUCUCUGCAACAUCGCAGACCACCGACUCUACAAGAUAGUGAAAUGGUGUAAAAGUCUACCAUUAUUCAAAAAUAUCUCCAUCGAUGAUCAAAUUUGCCUCUUAAUCAAUUCCUGGUGCGAGCUGCUGCUCUUCUCAUGCUGCUUUCGGAGCAUGAGCACUCCCGGUGAAAUCAGAGUGUCUCUCGGCAAGUCGAUUACUUUGGAACAAGCUAGACAGCUUGGUUUGGCGACCUGUAUUGAGAGGAUGCUCGCGUUUACCAAUAACCUGAGAAGACUCAGAGUGGAUCAAUACGAAUACGUUGCGAUGAAGGUAAUUGUACUGUUAACCUCUGACACAAGUGAACUAAAAGAACCAGAAAAAGUAAGAGCAUCUCAGGAGAAAGCUCUCCAGGCAUUGCAGCAAUAUACCAUAGCAAGGUACCCUGAGAUGCCUGCCAAAUUUGGCGAAUUAUUACUGAGAAUUCCAGACUUACAAAGGACGUGUCAGGCAGGGAAAGAAUUGUUAAGCGCCAAACGUGCGGAAGGAGAAGGCAGCUCGUUCAACUUGUUAAUGGAAUUGUUAAGAGGAGAUCAUUGAAUCUUCGCCACAAAAAAGAACAUAGCCAUUCCACGCUUAUAGGGUCCAUAAGCUUAGGGAAUCGGAUACGUUAGAUAACCAAGAAGCGGACAGAAUUAGAAAAAAAAAUUCAUAAACAUUACGGUCCAAGAUACAUUAGUGGUGGGUGAAGGGACUACAUUCAUAUAGGACUAAUUAGAAGGCAAACUGCUUGACGCGUCAAGCAAAAACGAAAAACGACGUUUUUCUUUCUUAUUUUGUUUUUUAUUAUUAUUAUAUAUAUAUUUUUUUUUUAUUAAAAUGCUUCCAUGCGGGUGUCGCAUGACGCGAGCCUGCUCAACAAACACACGAAUUUCGAAGCGGCCUAUGGUAUGCUCGAAAUGUCCAGCAUGCAUAUAUUUCUAUGCGAAAGAGACUGAAAGUAUAAUCGAUGGAGAGAUGCAGAGCAUUUUACUUUACGAUAAUAGCAAUGUACAGAGAUCGACGGAUUGACAGAAAGGGAGGAAGGGAAUGAAAGGAAUAGAGAGAGCGAGAGAGAGAGAGUGAGGGAAAAAGACAGAAUGAAUGUGAGAGAGUGAAAGUGAGAGAAAAAGAGAGAGAAAAAGUCGAUAUCAUGUAGCAUAAAAAUGCUAAAUUUUAUUAGAUAGGUUUGGUCUGUUUGACCAAUGAACGACGAAUAACAGAGUUUUACCCUUAAUGAUUAUUCUAAUGAUAAAACAACCAGUAUUUUGUAUCGUUCUGCGCUUACUUAAGAAUGAGACACAGAAUGAUGUCUUGUAUCCCGGUAAUGAAGUGUACUUAAAAACAUGAGUCGACCAAUUGUUUACUUAUAGUGCAGUUAAUCAUGUAAUAAUUAGUAGUUAUUAACGUCUAGCUACCAUAGUGUUCACGGAACAUUAUGGGUUUUUAUCUGUCACGUAAAUACAUCUCUUUUUUUUUUAUUUUCCGUAUGUUUUAACGCCGCGCCAACGACGGAUGGAAGAUUUUUCUACGUCGACGACAACGUAUGUUGUCUGUUGUUUUAAUCGCACGAGGAACAUUCGCUUACGGAUUUCCU